AUGUGUGGUAAAGCGUUUACAUAUGCAAAUAAACCAACAUUAGAUAGAAUCGAUAAUGAAAAACCACAUACCAAAGAAAAUUGUCAGUUAAUGUGUUGUUAUUGCAAUGUCGUAAAAUCAAAUAAAGAUGAAGAUGUUCAACGUUUAAGAAUCAAUUUAAGAAAUUAUGCAUUAAAAAAUAAUUUACCAAUGACUUUAGAUUCGGUUGAAGCUUAUCACAUUCUCCGUAAUGGAAUUACUGGUGGUUUAUCAAAUGUUCAACAUCGUGUUAAUCUUAAAGGAAUCACACGCAUUAAUAAACUUUCAUAUAAUCCAGAAACUAAAACUGUAUCAAAUGAGGACACCACCAACAUUAUGACUCAUUUCGUUGGUGUUGAUUUUAAUUCAUUAUAUCCUUCAUCAUUUUCAUCUAAUCCUCAUGAUUUCAUUCAAUAUACUGACCAUAAAAUGUAUAUGCCGGGAAGAUUGAAUGGUGUUAUCAUUUGUGAUACAGCAACAAAGAAAGCAAAAGCACUGGGAAUAAUUAAGAAGAAAAAUACUUUAUUCGUGGCUGAAGUAAAGGGUCACAUUGAUGAAAAAUACAUUAAUGAUUACAUAAACUUUUUACCGAUAAUAAGAAACUUAGAUAUUAUCACAGAUGAAAAAACAAUUGGCAGUUUUAUGUAUAAUUACAUGAAAUCAAACAAUCUACCAGUUGACCAGAAACAGAGAAAAUUAACUCAAUUAGCAUCAACACACAACCAAUAUCAACCAUUUUCUUCUUAUUAUCUAUGGUAUCUAAUAGACAGAUUUCAUUUUAUCAUCGAUGACAUUCAAUCAAUUUUAACAUUUACGAAAAACACUU